GUUACACCCUCCUUUACCCCACCGAAAUGAUCGACAAACAAAUUAAAAAAAUUCGGUUCCAUAUUUAGGAUGUAAGUGUGAAGGUGUGUGUGGACAGUAGAUGAAUGAAGUCAGAGGUUUCUGUCCCACAUCACCUCCUGACUCCACCUCCUCCACCCUCCUCACACACACAGAUCCUCAGGCGAACACAGUGGAGGGAAAAGAGGUCUACUCCUCCUCACUCCUCCACUCCUCUUCCUUCAUUCACAGAGAAACCUCUGAGCCGAAGCCCUUCUUCUUCCUGGAUGGACCCUCAGAGCCAUUAAGCUGAUAGCUCUGGAUGGAAACCGAAGAUCUGAGCUGCUUGGGGCGGGGAAGCUGCCAUGAACUAUAGCCGGACUCUAGGUGCCUCCAGAGUGUGAAGGACUCAGAGCUCGGAGAAGAAGGAUCCAGAGGGUGCCGCGUGAAAGGAGACAGGACUGAUUUAAAAAUUGCCUCCAGUUUUUUAGGCUUUCGCCCCUGGACCAUGAUGAGUUCAGACGUGCGUGACCUGAACUCCCUGCUGCCCUCGGUCCCGCCGGGUCCCAGUCCCGGCUGCACAGCGCUGCCAGUUAGCACGGCCCCUCAGUGGGCUCCCGUCCUAGACUUCCACUCCGCCGCCUCUCCUUACCCCUCCCUUGCUGCUCCCCACUCCUCUCUGGGGCCCCACUCCUUUAUCAAGCAGGAGCCCAGCUGGGGAGCCACAGGGGACCCCCACCACCACGACACAGACCCCCACUGCGGUCUCAGCGCCUUCACCGUGCAUUUCUCGGGUCAGUUCACGGGCACCGGGGCCUGCAGGUAUGGGGCAGCGUUUGGGGCCCCUCCUACUGCUCCGGCGGCACCCAGCCAGCCUACGCCUGUGGCGGCCCCCCACCACCACCAGCCCCCCAGCAGGAUGUUCAGCAACCCGUCGUACCUUAGCAGCUGCAUGGACACCCAGCCAGCGGCCCGCAACCAGACAGGUUACAGCACGGUGGCGUUCGACGGGGCCGGUAAUUACGGGCACACUCCUACGCACCACAACUCGCAGUUCUCCGGCCACUCCUUCAAGCACGAAGACGCCCUAACCCAGCCGAACACAAUGGGUGAGCAGCAGUAUCCCGUGCCGCCUCCCGUUUACGGCUGUCACACACCGUCGGACAGCUGCGCCAGCAGCCAGGCUCUGCUGCUGAGGAACCCCUACAACAGCGGUGACAAUUUAUAUCAAAUGACCUCUCAGUUGGAGUGUGUGGCAUGGAACCCUGUCAAUACACUGGCAUCCACCAUUAAGAGCCACGCACCGGGCUACGACAGUGACCCCAGCACCCCGAUGUUGUACAGCUGCAGCACGCAGUACCGCAUACACACACAYGGAGUCUUCAGGGGCAUUCAGGACAUGCGGCGGGUUCCCAGCAUCGCUCCGGCCAUAGUUCGAUCGGACACCAGCGAAAAGCGCCCRUUCAUGUGUACUUAUCCCGGAUGCAACAAGCGCUACUUCAAACUGUCGCAUCUGCAGAUGCACGACCGCAAACACACAGGUAGGAACCAACAAAAGCAUAAGAGACACAGUUGUAUUAAUGAUGGGAUUUUAUGCAACUGA